AUUGGGUACGCUAGCGCGCCAUUGUUGACUUAUGGCGAUGACCUGGGAAAGUUGUCCUAGGAAAGAUGAAGUUGAAUCAUAUCUCCGAGACCACAGAAUCAUUGAAAUGUUUGGAAACCUCACGUCCUUGUUGUUUUUCAAACGACCAGAAAAUCCAAAACAAUAUUUAACUGAACAAUUACGUCAAUUGAAAGCUGCUCGUGAUGAAUACUCAACUCCACCAUCACUUUUCAAUGAAAUCAAUGCUGAAUUAAUAUUCAAUAUGCUUGAUCCAUGUGAAAAACAAACAAUACCAAUUGAUCGAUAUCAGCAUGCUUUAGAAACCUUAGGUAUUUUACAAUAUAAUAAAACAAUAUCAGAUAAUGGAGAUGAAUGGAUGAGUAAAGAAAUGUAUAUGAAAGAGGUGAAAACAGGUUUAAAACAAUUGGCAUCAACUUAUAAACCUCGUGGAGGAUGAUGAUGAUGAUGAUGGCGGUGGCGGCGGCUGCAGUGAAAGAACAUACUUCGUUUAGUCUUCUCAUUUGUCAACAAUAAAUCUGACAGACGUCUACAGAAAAUACAUGAAAUUUAUUGUUAA